GCGGGGCGGGUGGAGGGUGGGGAGGAGUUAUAUUGAGGGGUCCUUCCUCGCUGGCCCGCAGGUUCCUCACUGAGCGGAGACUGCAAAUGGCGGACUUCGAUGCAUACGACGAUCGGGCCUACAGCAGCUUCGGCGGCGGUAGAGGGUCCCGAGGCAGUGCUGGUGGCCAUGGUUCCCGAAGCCAGAAGGAGCUGCCCACAGAGCCCCCCUACACAGCUUAUGUAGGAAAUCUCCCUUUUAAUACAGUUCAGGGUGACAUAGAUGCUAUCUUCAAGGAUCUCAGCAUACGGAGUGUGCGGCUAGUCAGAGACAAAGACACCGACAAAUUUAAAGGGUUCUGCUAUGUAGAAUUCGAUGAGGUGGAUUCCCUAAAGGAGGCUCUGACAUAUGAUGGCGCGCUCUUAGGUGACCGGCCACUUCGUGUGGACAUUGCAGAAGGCAGAAAACAAGAUAAAGGUGGCUUUGGAUUCAGGAAAGGCGGACCUGAUGACAGAGGAAUGGGUGGCUCUCGAGAGUCUAGAGGUGGAUGGGAUUCCCGAGAUGACUUCAACUCUGGCUACAGGGAUGACUUCUUAGGGGGCAGGGGAGGUAGUCGCCCUGGUGACCGGCGAGCAGGCCCUCCCAUGGGGAGUCGCUUUCGAGAUGGCCCUCCCCUGCGUGGCUCCAACAUGGACUUCAGAGAACCCACAGAAGAGGAACGAGCACAGAGGCCAAGGCUGCAGCUUAAACCUCGGACAGUGGCCACGCCCCUCAACCAAGUAGCCAACCCAAACUCCGCCAUCUUUGGGGGAGCGAGGCCCCGAGAGGAAGUGGUUCAGAAGGAGCAAGAAUGAGCUUGGGUUGGGAGGGAGUGGGGCAUAGGGAGCUGGAGCAAGACCACAGCUUGGUGGCCUGGCUGGGCGCCCUGCAGGCCCCAUUCCUCACCUGGCACUGUCCUCCUUACAGCGGAAACAGAGCUUGUGAGUGCAUGUCAGCUGUUAACAAGUGGUUUCUAGUACAUUCUUGGCUUUACUAUAUCUAGUGCCUGUUUUGUGCUUUCUCUCUUUUUUCUGUCUCUCCCUCUCUCUUCUGGCCUCUCCUGCUCCUCUCUCUCCACACCGUGUCUGGGUGUGUAUCUGCAGCCGGCGUGUGGGAUGGCAGGCAAGGUGCUGCUUCAUCCUUCUUGGCUUUCUCUCUUUUCUUUACGUGCCCUGGCCAUGCCAGUCAUGCUGUCCUCUGCUUUCUCUUGGAGCUUCUCUCUAAUCUGCAUGUGGAGUUCUGUGUUGCUGUGGCUUCUGGGAAAGAGCUGGAGUUGCUGGCUAGGUAGUCCAUGGCAGCUUGUUGGUAUCCAGCAGCAUAAGCAUGCAGAAUUGGAGGCACCUUGCUUUCAGAACAAGAAAACAUGCCUGCUGGUCCUCAGGCUGCUGUGAUUGGGGCCUGUCUCAGCAGCCUGUUGAGGCACAGCAGGCUGGGGUCACAGUGAGGCCCAAGGGGACAGGGGAGCGGGUCAGACCACACAGGUGGUUGGUAACCCGCAUGGCUCAUGGCUUUGCUCCUGUUCUUGAGACCAAGUGCAAGCUUGUGCCCUGCUCUCUAGGAGCUGUGGAGGCACCUCAGGUGCAGCCUGCUGCAGCUCAAUCCGUCUCCUGCAGCUGAGGCCUGCGGGAAGCAGGGGUGGUGCUGGAGCUGCACGAGGUGGCUAUACCUGCAGUGUGCUGUCUGUGUGUGUCUGUCUGCUAACUGGGGUGCUUAGCGUCCUGAGGGCACUACCCCCCCCCCCCCGUCAUAGCUGACGUCCAUAGUGGCAGGGCCUAAGCUGGCACUUUGAUCAGUUGAAGUUUUGCUAUACACAGCUGUUGAGACCCUCAGUACCUGGGUGUCUAGAAUCUUCUAGGCUUGAUGCCUCUGUGGGGCAGACCCUUAUUCCCACACACAGUGCUGAGCACCUACCUGGGAGUAAAGGGGUCAGGCUUGGCUUUUAAGUGGAACAGCUGUAUGAACAAAUGAAAAAUUUGGCACCAAGUCCCCAUCUGUCCCAGUGGGAGCAGUCUGGGGUCAGCCAGCCACCAGAGCUGUAGGGAAAGGGGCCAAGAGGUGCAUGGCUUGUGGUUGGGCAACAGCUCCUCCCCAGCUUGCUCUUGGCUCAUGAUUGUCUUUGUAGCAAGGUCUCAGCAACUUACAGAACUCUCGCUCCUUCCUUCGCCUGCCAUCUUCUCUGCUUCUGAGAUAAGAACCAUUUGUGUAACAUCAAUUCCUAACUUAAGAAAGACAUGCAUUGCGUGGUUGUAAUCAAAGCCAAUGCUUUCAGAUGAGGUAAUCCAUCUCCAGUGCGGAAAAGACAGAACAGACCCGUCCAUCCACACUGCUGGGCGACCAGCUGACACAGUGUGAGAGUGGGGUUCCACACACUUAACACAUUCAGUUCUAUGACAGAAAGUGAGUCUAUGGAUAUGGUAUUUUGUGAAUGAUCUUUUAAAUAAAAGAGAACCUUACAUAAUGUU